AUGUCUGGGCUGUUGGACGAGGCGUUAAAAAACAUAACCGAUCUUCAAAACGAAAAUAAGAAACUUAUUAAAAACUUUGCUAGUAUUGAAGCGGAUAAUGCAAAUUUGAAGACAAGAGUUUCAGUUCUUGAAAAUAAAAUAAAUGAGAUGGAACAAUAUUCUAGGCGUAUGAACAUUCAGAUCGAUGGUAUACCGGUUACACAGGGUGAAAAGGUGGACGAUAUCGUCGAGAAGUUGGGAAAUCUUUUAGAAGUUGCUUCUCCGAUUGAAAGUGUACUUUCUAUGCACCGUGUACCGUCAAUUAACGCUAAGAAGUGUCAACCAAUUAUUGUGCAGUUCUCAAACCCUAUGCAGAGAAGAAAGUGGCUGGAAGCAUACCGCAAAAAACGAGAUGUUACUUCUACGGAUCUCAACCCUGUCCUCCAACCAAAAACCAACAUCUAUAUCAACGAGCAUCUAACGAGGGAAAAUAAAACUUUGUUGGCGGCAACCAAAGCUGUGGCCAAGGAGCGAGGCUACCAGUUCGUAUGGGUGAUGCAAGCAAAAAUCUACGUUCGGAAGGAGCACAACAGCAAAGCAGUUAGAAUUUUUACUCAUGAUGGGUUACAAAAACUUGUUUAA